CAGCUUUUCCCUUUUGGGAAACAGCAGCUAAAAGAGAGCCCCACGGCAGUCCAUCCUUUUGAGGUGCCUCUUGGUCCCUCUGUUCCUUCCCCCAACCCACCGUAGGACACAAAAGAAGGGCCAAAAGGAGAGAGAAACAUGAAAGAAGCGGCUUCAGAAGGCGGCAUGGAGGAAGGAGGGAGUGUCACCCUCGACGAUCUUAAGAAGAAGAUGGCCGACUUCGCUAGAGAAAGAGACUGGGAUAAGUUCCACAGCCCCCGAAACCUCCUCCUAGCUCUGGUGGGAGAGGUGGGGGAGCUGUCAGAGAUAUUUCAGUGGAGAGGGGAGGUCCCCAAGGGCCUCCCAGACUGGAAGGAGGAGGAGAAGGAGCACCUAGGGGAGGAGCUCUCUGAUGUGCUGCUUUACCUUGUGAGGCUCUCAGACAUCUGUGGGGUGGACCUGGGAAAGGCUGCCCUCAGGAAGGUGGAGCUCAAUGCUCUCAAGUACCCAGUUCACCUAUGCAAGGGCUCUUCCAAGAAGCACACCCACUACUGCAACUCCAACUCCAAUACAAAUAGCAGCAGCAAUACCUCCUCCCUUACCGAGCACUCCAGCAAUGGGUCUUCUGAGGGACUCUGAGUACCUAUGAACUCUUUCUGGAUUUGGUGUCCUUUGUGCUUAGGUUGUCGUUUUGUACAGAAUACUUUCAGGCGAGCUUUAUAGAUGAACAGUUAAAAGAAGAAGACAAGGUUAUGUUGGUUUUAGCUUUUCUGUUUUGGUUGCAUGGACACCAUCUUGCGUGGUAUGUGGAGGAUGGAAGACACUGUUGGCAAAACAUUUGAUGCAGUGCAUUUUUUUUU